AUGGAUACAGUUGAGGGUUUCAUGUCAACAAAGCAAGGACGACUCAAGCCUGUUCGCACAAAGAGAGAUGAAUAUGGAGAAGGAAUGCAGGCUAAUACAGAAGAAGAACAGAAACUGAGUCCAGUGGCUCGCCUAUUUCACGAACCCAGUUGUAAUCUCUAUAUCAUAGCCAUCAUGGGCUUAAAGACCCGAAUUAACCCAGACAUCAUUAAGGACCAGCUACAACAUACUCUGCUUAAGCAUCCUCGCUUCUCCAGUCUGCAGGUUGCAGAUGAGAAAAAUGGUAAGAAGAUGAGAUGGGUUCAAACAGAAGUGGACCUGGAACAGCAUGUAAUUAUCCCAGACAUAGACCUAGAGAUGAACUCACCUGACAAGUUUGUCGAAGACUACAUCUCCAGCCUUAGCAAAACACCAAUUGACUCCUCAAAACCUCUAUGGGAUCUCCAUCUUCUCAACAUCAAAACCUCUGAUGCUGAAGCCACUGGUGUUUUUCGGAUCCACCACUCUCUUGGGGAUGGCAUUUCUCUUAUGUCUCUUCUGCUUGCGUGCACUCGGAAAAUAUCUGACCCAGAGGCAGCGCCUACCUUGCCUGUGAAGAAGAAGUUGGACUCAAAUAAUUUUAGGGGGUUUUGGUCGACGCUCCGAUUGUAUUGGAAUACAAUGGUUGAUUUUCUGUUGUUUCUUGCAACAGUUCUCUUCUUAAAAGACACAAAAACGCCUCUCAGCCGUUCAGCAGAGAUCCAACCCACUUCUCGAAGAUUUGUCCACAGAACGGUUAGCCUGGAUGACGUUAAGUUGGUAAAGAAUGCAAUGGGUGCAACCAUCAAUGAUGUUGCAUUAGGAAUCAUACAAGCUGGUUUAUCUCGUUAUCUUAACAGAAGAUAUGGUGAGGAAAAGAAUUAUAAAGGAACAACAGAGAAGCAAAAUAAUCUCCCAAAGAACAUCCGUUUUAGAGCACCUCUUUUCAUAAACUUAAGACCUGUUGUAGGAAUUAGUGCUUUAGCUGACAUGAUGGAAAGGGGUUCUAAAGUCAAAUGGGGCAAUGCAAUUGGUUAUGUUCUCCUCCCCUUCACUAUAGCAUUACGUGAUGAUCCAUUAGAUUAUGUUCUUGAAGCUAAGGCCACAGUGGACCGAAAGAAACAUUCUCUUGAAGCUAUGUGCACAUUUCCCUUUGCUGACUUAAUUAUUAAGUUUCUUGGUGUUAAGGCUGGAAGUGUUCUAACAUACAGAGUUCCUUCUCACACAACAAUAGGCUUCUCGAAUAUGAUUGGACCCCAAGAAGAAAUUGCUUUUCGUGGGCAUCCAAUUAGCUUUAUAGCCCCCAGUUGUUAUGGGCAACCUAAUGCAUUAAUGAUUCAUGUGCAAAGUUAUGUCAACAAGAUGACAUUCGUCCUAUCAGUUGAUGAAAGCAUAAUCCCUGAUCCCCAUCAACUCUGUAAUGAUCUGGAAGAAUCUCUCAAACUCAUUAAGGGUGCCAUUCUACCAACAAGGAGUGCAGAUGAAUCAGGUUGCAUGACUGGUGCAUCCAUGUCCUCAGCAUCUAAACUAUCGUCCAACAGGAAUGACGUUGAUGGGGUGCUAGGAGAGUCGUAUGGGGUACUCAAACCUAAAGGUUGGGAGGAUGAAGGAACAUCUCCAGCAUACAAUUUGCUAUUGGACGACUCGGCAGUAUCAACUCCCGUCGAACAUGCAUAUGGUGCCGACGAGCCAAACAUGUACUCACUCUAUACAAUAGGUGGCUCUACAAAUAAUUCACUAAAGCUGCUUCGUGAACCACUAUCCUCAUGCGGAGCUUGUCCUCUAUGUACUGAAGCAGCUCGAUCUCCUCAUGUAAGGGGGUGA